GAGAGUGCCAUUCAGAAAGCCACCAGUGAGAAGGGAGUGCUGCACUCAGCCUCAGAAAAAAGAAGUUGAACGACGUAUUUGGGAGAAAAAGAAAACGAGUGUGGGAGCUGAGAGCGCGCGGGCGGCCCGAGCCUCGGCAGCGGCGGCAGCACUGACACCGACACCUCCCACCAUGGACAGCUUUGACUUAGCUCUGCUCCAGGAAUGGGACCUCGAGUCGCUGUGGGGAGAAGACAUCUUAAACCAGAGGAAUGACUCUCUAGUUGUGGAAUUUCAGUCAUCAGCCAGCCGAUGCAGGAGUGUCUAUGAACCAGAUAGAAAUGUGUUACGGAGGAAAGAACGAGAAAGGAGAAAUCAGGAAACUCAGCAGGAUGAUGGCACAUUUAAUUCCAGUUAUUCCCUCUUCAGUGAACCCUACAAGACUAACAAGGGGGAUGAGCUCUCCAACCGGAUCCAGAAUACCUUAGGCAAUUAUGAUGAAAUGAAAGACUUUUUAACUGAUAGAUCUAAUCAAAGUCAUCUCGUUGGUGUUCCCAAACCUGGGGUUCCUCAGGCUCCUGUGAACAAGAUCGAUGAACAUUUUGUUGCAGAUUCAAGAGCCCAGCCCCAGCCCUCAUCUGUUGGCAGCACUGCAUCUUCCACACCAGCAGCUGUCCCUGUGCAGCAGAGUAAGAGGGGCACCAUGGGCUGGCAGAAGGCUGGGCACCCGCCACCUGAUGGCCAGCAGAGAGCAAGUAAGCGUGGACACAGGUUGAUUGAUUUGAACAGAUCUGCUAAUCCAAAGAACCAUAAUAAAAAACCUAACCACUGUGUGUCAAGCCCCUCAUCCUCACCUUCCUCUUCUUCUUCUUCUUUCAACUCAGCACAACAGGGCUCUCUCAGGACCUUGCUUGGAGAUGGUGUUGGCAGGCAGCAGCCACGGGCCAAACAAGUGUGCAAUCUAGAGGUGGGUCUUCAGACCCAGGAAAGACCACCUAAUAUGCCAGCCAAGCACAGCAGCAGUGGACACUGUGUUCAGAACUUUCCUCCAUCCCUGGCUUCAAAACCCAGCCUGGUUCAACAGAAACCGACCGCAUAUGUGCGGCCAAUGGAUGGCCAAGAUCAGGCUCCUGAUGAGUCUCCGAAGCUUAAGUCUUCCACAGAAACCAGCGUGCACUGCACGUCAUACAGGGGAGUCCCUGCCACCAAGCCGGAGUCCACCAGAGCCAAGGCCAAGCUUGCCAAGUUCAAUAUCCCCAAACAAGCAGAGGAGAGUAGAUCUGGAGAAACCAACAUCUGUGUGGAAGAAAUAAUUCGGGAGAUGACCUGGCUUCCACCACUUUCUGCUAUUCAGGCACCUGGCAAAGUAGAAGCAAGCAAAUUUUCAUUUCCAAAUAAGGAGUCUCAGCUCAUUUCCUCCGGACACAAUAAUCCAAAGAAAGGUGAUGCUGAGCCAGAGAGUCCAGACAAUGGCACCUCGAAUACAUCAAUGCUAGAAGAUGACCUUAAGCUAAGUAGUGAUGAAGAGGAGAAUGAACAGCAGGCAGCCCAGAGAACCGCUCUCCACGCUCUGUCUGACAGUGCCUCGGUCCAGCAGGCCGGCUGCAGAGCCUCCGUGCCUUCCAGCAAGGGCAGCAGCAGCAGCAGCAGCAGCAGCAGCGGCAGCAGUUCGUCCAGCGACUCAGAGAGCAGCUCCGGCUCUGACUCUGAGACAGAGAGCAGUUCCAGUGAGAGUGAAGGCAGCAAGCCGGCCCACUGCUCCAGCCCUGAGGCUGAGCCUGCGUCCUCUAACAAGUGGCAGCUGGAUAAAUGGCUGAACAAAGUUAAUCCCCACAAGCCUCCUAUUCUGAUCCAAAAUGAAAGCCACAGCCUGGAGAGCAAUCAGUACUACGCCCCAGGGAAAGACCAAGUGCAGGACUGCGGGAAACUCCCCGAUGGUUGCCAAACCAGCCUGAGAGAGAAGGACAUCAAGAGCGCCUGCAGGGAAGAGCAGAGGCCAAGGACAGCCAACAAGGCCCCAGGGACUAAGGGGGUGAAGCAGAAGUCCCCGCCCGCGGCUGUGGCCGUGGCCGUGACUGCCGCCGCCCCACCGCCCACAGUUCCCGGUGUGUCCCCGGAGAGUGUGCCUGCGCCCACGCGGAGGUCUGCCAGCAAGAAGCCCCCCAGGCGCACGGAAAGGACCUCAGCUGGCGAUAGUGCUAACCUCCAACGUCAGGAGGAGCCCGCGGAGGCGCUGGGGGCAAGCGCAGCAGUCGCUCCGGAGCCUACCAAAGCCAGGCCCUGUGGCAACAGCAGGACAAGCCACCGCAAGGAGCUGCGCACCUCGGUCACCUGCGAGAAGCGCCGCACGAGGGGCUUGAGUAGGAUCGUCCCCAAGUCCAAGGAGUUCAUCGAGACAGAGUCAUCAUCUUCAUCCUCCUCCUCAGACUCCGACCUGGAGUCAGAGCAGGACGAGUACCCUCUGGCCAAAGCACAGGCUGUGGCCGCUGCCUCUGCCUCUGCCUCUGCCACUGCUUCUGCUGCCGUUGCUGCCUCUGCGAGUGACCAGAGGCUCAAGGAGGCCGCCAGCAGCAUCAGCAGUGGUGGUGGCCCCCGUGCACCUGUAGGCUCCAUCAAUGCCAGGACCACCAGUGACAUCGCCAAGGAGCUGGAGGAGCAGUUCUACACACUGGUCCCCUUUGGCCGCAACGAACUUCUCUCCCCCCUGAAGGAUAGUGAUGAGGUCAGGUCUCUCUGGGUCAAAAUUGACCUGACCCUCCUGUCCAGGAUCCCAGAACACUUGCCCCAGGAGCCUGGGGUCUUAAGCACUCCUGCGGCUAAGGACGCUGAGAGUGCACCUCCAAGCCACCCCUCCGACACACCCUCAGAAAAGGCUUUGCCUAAAUCCAAGAGGAAACGCAAGUUUGACAACGAAGAUGACUACAGGGAGAUUAAGAAGGCCCAGGGAGAGAAAGAGAGCGCUUCACGACUGACUGCCUCUGUCAAUAAUACUUUGUCUGCUAAUCAUUGCAACAUGAACAUCAACAGCUUGGCAAUACCCAUAAAUAAAAAUGAAAAAUUGCUCCGGUCGCCCAUCUCACCCCUCUCCGACGCCUCUAAACACAAAUACUCCAGUGAGGACUUGACGUCUUCCAGCAGGUCCAAUGGCAGUGGUCUGUUCGCAUCCACCACCUCCAACAAAAAGCUUAAGGCUGAUAACCAGCUGCAGUCUCAUGCUGGAGACCUCGCGAAAGCAGCUCACCACAAUUCGGAAAAUGUUCUGCACAAGUCGCGGCUGCAGACAGAGCCAUGGUCUCCCGGCUCCAAUGGCCACCGGGACUGCAAGAGGCAGAAACUUGUCUUCGAUGAUAUGCCACGCACUGCAGAUUAUUUUAUGCAAGAAGCCAAACGGAUGAAGCAUAAAGCAGAUGCAAUGGUGGAAAAGUUUGGAAAGGCAUUGAACUAUGCUGAAGCAGCCUUGUCAUUCAUUGAGUGUGGAAAUGCAAUGGAACAGGGUCCAAUGGAGUCCAAGUCUCCUUACACAAUGUAUUCAGAAACAGUGGAGCUUAUAAGGUAUGCUAUGAGACUGAAAACCCACUCAGGACCCAAUGCAACACCAGAAGAUAAACAGCUGGCUGCAUUAUGUUACCGAUGCCUGGCUCUCCUGUACUGGCGGAUGUUUCGACUCAAAAGGGAUCAUGCUGUAAAGUAUUCAAAAGCACUUAUCGACUAUUUUAAGAAUUCAUCUAAAGCUGCCCAAGCCCCAUCUCCAUGGGGGGCCAGUGGAAAGAGCACUGGAACCCCAUCCCCCAUGUCUCCCAACCCCUCCCCCACCAGCUCCGUGGGAUCUCAGGGGAGCCUCUCCAGUACCAACACCCUGUCCCCUUCGACCAUCGUCAGCAUCCCACAGCGCAUCCACCAGAUGGCAGCCAAUCACGUCAGCAUCACCAACAGCAUUCUCCACAGCUAUGACUACUGGGAGAUGGCAGACAACCUGGCCAAGGAGAACAGAGAAUUCUUCAACGACCUGGAUCUGCUCAUGGGGCCUGUCACCCUACACAGCAGCAUGGAACACCUGGUCCAGUACUCCCAGCAGGGCCUGCACUGGCUGCGGAACAGCGCCCACCUGUCAUAGGGGCCUCGCCCUUGAGCUGAAUUGUGCUCUCCUCUCCACGGACAGCUCACUGUUUCUGGACACUGUGCUACUGAAAUUCCCAGCCGCAGCAUCUGUCAAACUGCAGUGAAUAUUUUCUCAGCUUUGAACAGUGGUCUUUUCCCAGGGCAUGUGUGUUUGUAUGUGUGGGUGUAGAGGAAGCAGUCUGUGUGCGUGUAAGACACACAGCUCUUCAGAACACAUUUUCUUUGUCUAGUGUUCAUAAGCCCAGUCUAGACAAAGUGAUCAGAGGUUUCUGAUUACAGGAAAUACACUUACACACACACACACACAACUUUCUACUUCAAAUCUAAACCAUGACAUUUUAGAACAUUCAACCCAAAUCUCGAGGUUAGUUAACCAGGUGCAAUGCAGCACACCAAAAGCUUGACUGCCAGUUACGAACCUAGUUAUUAUAUUAUUGAUUACUUUCAGUAUUAAUAUACUAGUCCCCAUUUAUUCUUUGUAUGUAUUAAUGGGUAAUUCAGUUAAUGAAAAUAAGUCAGUUAUUUUUGUGCUGGAUGUUUACCAGGUUGCAUGUUACCAAAUACCUGCCUUUCAUUUAUACUUGCCCCUCCAUCCAACUUUAUUAUCAACCAAAUGUGUUAUAAGCAAAUGGAUCAACUCCCACAGGCCUUCCCUGCCCUGCCCCCCAAAUAGUAUGAAAGUGGCACAGAGAUUUGGUGAGAACUCAGUGCCUUUGAAAGUGAACCAACAUUGACGCAGUGACAUCUGCGUUUUGGAACUCAGUUAGGGAUUGAAAUCUUUUGCGCAUGUGACAACAAGCCCACCCAGCACAUGUGUUUCUUCCUCCUGCCACUGUGACCCAGUGGCUGUAGAGCCACGUGGCAUUUGUCAGCCAAUAUUUUUUUAAGUCUAUUCUUUCUGUGAUAGCUUUGUUACAAAUGUUCUUGGCCAAAUUAGGACAUCUCCUAGGAUGCCCUUCACUAGGAGUCUAUCUGUUGCCUAUCAGGAUGAGAACUACUUGCUGUCCUGAUAAGGUCCGAUCCCCUCACUCUCCCUGCGCAGUGUGCCACGUUUGGGCGCUUUGAACUGGGGGUGUGUUUCAGGCUCUGACUGGCCAGCUGCUUACUGCGCAGGGUAAGUUGCUCCUGCGAUGAUCGCAGUGCUGUUAGGGGAGCAGCAGCCGGGACUGUGCUCACACCCUGUGUGUCUGCCAUGUUUACAUCAUGCCCUCAAUUCUUUUCUCUGUUUUUUUUUUUUUCACUUAAGUUUACAUUUUAGGGUUUUUUGACAUCUUGUUUACAGUUUUUGUUUUGAAACUUGUUUCUUUUAUAGUCCCUUGUCAUGCCUUAGAUUUAGUGUUCUUAUUAAGUAUAUUUGGAUAUAAAAAUAUUGGUUAAAAAGAAAAACUCCGGGAAAAAAAAGGAUGUAAUGUUUCUUAGGCCUCUCACUUGACAAAAGUGCACCAGGUUGGUCUAAGGAAGACAGGUGAUGCGAUUUCUGGAAAAAUCCAUUUUUCAAGGUAAAGGUGGCACAAAACAUUUACAAGAGAUGCUUAUGUAUGCUCUCACUGGUGGUUGGAUUGGUUCAGUUUCAUUGUUAACAUUUUUGUCAGCCUGACGUAUAGGUGGAGAUAAGAUUGCCAUAAUUCCUGAGCUAUAAGCACUGACUCAAAAUUGUAGAAAUGAUUGAACUGUACAAAUAGUGACCUGAAGUUAAUUUAAAAUGAGCGAGUGAAGGGCUCAUGAAAUUUGCAUUUGGCUUUAGCCUUGAGGCUUCUGGAACUAUUAACAAAACUUCUACUUUCCAUUUACCCAACCGAGGUGCUUGCCCCAUCCCUUUCACUAGGUGGUGGUGGUGGUGGUGGUGGUGGAGUUCACAAUCCCAUUCGAGGUUAGAAAUUUAAGUCUAACUUAAGAAAUUGUGAAUUGUUGUUUUGUUUUAUUUUAUUUUGUUUUGUUUUGGAGGACUGAGGCUUAGUUCCGCUUACUCUUGCUGAAUUCUGAUGAAAUGCUCAAACUCUCACAUAAAGGAAUGACCGACCCUCAGGUGUGUCCCUGGGGUGCUUUGCUGGCCUUGUGGGGUAUCCACGUGGUGCACUGACCCAUAAAACCCCACCUAAACACACCAGUGGCCUCUGGCAUUUUAUCAGCACGUUGAUGACCCGUGUUUCCCAAUAAAACUUGACACUGGCCUUUUGCUUCAUCAGUGGAGUAUUGUGGGGCAGCGGUUUUUGUUUGCCUGGAUAUAGAUGAUUAUGAUAAGGAUACAUCUUGUUGUCUGUGAAAGUCAUUCAUAACUUCCUUUUAUUUAGUUUUGUUCUAAGUAGAAAUACCUUUCUUCUGAUUAAAAAAAGUGUCAUUGUAAAAAUUUAGACAAUUCAGAAAUUAGAAAGUCAUCCCGACCCCCAGCGACAAGCACUGCUCCCAGUUUCGUGUCUGUCCUUCUGGGGAUUCUCCCAUUUCAACGUAUAAUAUCUAUUAUUAUUUCUUUCUUUUUGAAGACAUAUUAUUUCCUCAGAAGUUCCACACAAGUUCAACCGACCACAUCCUUCCAUGACCUGAGUGGAUGCCAGCUUUUAUCACAAUGUUAGAGUUACCUUCAAAGAGAGUAACUCAAAUACAUUCCUAAUCAAAAUCUGAGAUUUGUUACUGCUCUACACAGAUCAGACUUAUGUGCAGAAUUGUGCCUGGAAAGAGAGGUUUGGUUAAAACAGAUAUUUCUGGAAAUUUUCAAAUUACAAGUGGAAACUUGGACCCACUAUCUAAAGAGGGAUGUACUGGAAAAAUAGUCUGAGGAGUUGACGAGUUGUGUACUAGAUUGGACACGUCGAACACAAUGCAAUGAGACUUUCCGCACUAAAACUUAUCCUAGUAUAUACAGCAAUGAUGUGUGUACUAUGUAACAGUGAUGUGUACAUUUCUGACAUCCCAUGCAUAAUAUACACAGUUUGUAUAAAUGCAUACAUUUAAAAAUAUAUAUGUACAAUACAGCUACCAUAAAACUGUAGAACGCCUGAAGGAUAUUACUAGUGCCUAAUAUUGAGUAUAAGUCACUGCGUGUUCACAUCACCUUGGAAGGACAGUAAUUGUUAUAAAAUUAUUCAGUGCAACCAACAUUAUUUAUGAAUCACAUCUUUGAAACUGUGCAGUAGUAUAUACAUAUAUAUUUUUAAAUAACAUUUUUCACAGUUUUCCAGAGUUACUGUUGAAAUCUGUAUCACCAAAAAAAAAAAAGCAAGAUUUUUUUAAUGAUGUAGACACUCUUCAGACCCAGUAAUCUGUGUGCGAUUUCCUGUCUGUAGAUGCCCAAGAGACUUUAGCAGUCACCAGCCUUAAUGCAUGUACAGGAUAUUAUUGUGACUUAAUUUAUCUGCAGUUUUUAAUCCAUAUGAAAUUGGAAUUUAUAAACUGACUUGGAUUAAAUAUGUCUGCCUUUCUAAGGUUACAAAUGUUACAUUAAAUGAUUUAUGUUGUAAAUGAGAGAAAUUGAGUUGUACGUAAAAAGAAAAAAAACCAAACAUCCACCAACUUCUGUGACUAUUUUUAUAAAAAAAACUUUAGAAUCAAAGUAUGUUCAAAUAAGUAUUCUGGUCCCCGGUUCAUAAUCUCUUUAGAAGAAACCUUGUUUCAUGAGUUUUUUUUUUAACAUAGCUCCCACAGAUUCUCAUUACUAAGUCUGGUAUUUUUCAUGGGGGGAAAAGGUAUGUUUUUCUUUUUUAUAAGUACACUUGACUACUUGUCUUUCCCGUUUCCCAGCCAUCUGUGCACUGUGCACACAUGCGGGAGACCACAGCCUAGUGAUUCAGAAAACACCAAGGAGGGGACCUGAGUUCACACCGAAGGCUGCAAUGAGAGGCCUGUCCAACCAGUGGCCCUGGGUCAUUGUUCUGCUCACCUUCUGUAACGAUGCAAGUUAGUUCCCUGACUCAUGUGCGCCAGGUUUUCCCAACUCAGACCAACACAGCGAAAUAAUGUUCGCAAUAUCUGGUUGAGUAGAAGAAAAGAAUUUUGAAUUAACAAAGAUGAAACUAAUUAUUAGACCAGAGUCUUGCCAUGGUAUAGCCCCCCUGUGUAGGGGUGUAUUUUUUUUUGUUAACCUCAUUUUUAUUCUCUCCCUCCUUUUUUAUGCCCCUCCUGCCCAGAGUAAACUAAACUAGGAGGCAGAAACCAUCACAAAAACAAACCCAUUACUUCAGCUUCCCCAGCCCUUAUCCUUAGAUUCGUAUAUGCCUUGGCGUGAAGCAGAACCCUAGCUCCAUGUCACCGUGGCGAACACCUCAUUCCAAAGAUGGCCAGGACAAGAGACUUGGCUGUGCUUACUCUCGGACCACCUACUUGAUACUCUUUCACAGAUGGUUUGGGCUAAAUGCUCAGCGGUCUUUCAAAAACUGUUUCUCUUAGGCUGUUUUGCCUGUUACUCACCCGAAGCCUGUUCCUAUGAGAAUCAUAUUUUUUAAAAGUAACACAUCUUUUGUAAAAUCUGGAUCAACUAAAGUCUUGAAAGACUUUUUUUUUUAAUGAAAGGAAAAAAAAAAACCCCACGUGAACUGCGUUCCCAACAAUUUUGAGCCAGAGUUUAUGUCCUUGUUUUCACACUCCCAGAAAGCACAGCCUUUCAAUGUUACAGCUUGCUGACAAGUAGCACAAGAAAUGCUCAGAUAUGAGGAGCCCUGGCUGCGCAGCUCAUGACACAGCAUCGUCCCAUCACACCAAGGUUUUGGGUUCAGUCUCCAGUCAGGGCAUGGAAAAGAAUCAAUCAAUAACCAAUGAAUGAAUAAAUGGAACAACAAAUCAAUGUUUCUCUCUCUUCCUUCCUCUCUCUCUCUCUCUCUCAAAAAAUCAAUAAAUAAAAAU